AUGGCCAACAUAGCUUUCGCUUGCACAAUUCUUGAUCGUUUUGUUGAUGUCACUUCGGCAUAUUCGAACACACAUCUCUAUAAUCGGAAACACCUCCCAGACGUGCAGAUUAACGAGGAAAGCUACGAACUGAAAAUCUGGUACCAUGUCCUCGAUGAGCUAAGCGAAGUGCGGAAGCAUGGCACGAGCCUGGUAUAUGAGGCGGAAAAUUUCCCCUGGGCCUACGCUUAUGCCAAAUAUCUCACGGAAUGGUUGUUGAGGUACCAGUUUAGUGAGCAUGCUUCACAGGAAAAGCUCUUCAUCGUGCGCCCGGGUAUCAUCGGCCCAUCUCUGUGCCUGCCAUUCCCAGGGUACAUUACGCCUAUGUCCUCUCCGUAUAUGAUGCUCGCCGCGGCAUUGGCCCUGGUCGUAUCUUGGAGGAUCACAAUUCCACAGAAAUGGAUAACCCAGAUAAACACGUUACUGGAGACGAAGUACCUGUUGAUGUGGCCGCCGAUCGUCUCCUUUGUCAUCUUGCUAUGGGGACAUCGGGCUGCAUUCAUGCUGUUAGCGGAGUCAGAUCGCGGCUGA